AUGUUCAGGUAUGUAGCAGAUGAUCAAUUGUUGGAGGCUUUCGCCCAAGUUUGCAUGCGGCAUAUGGACUUCGAUGACUGGCUGGCGAAACAUGACGAGAACUUCCAGGCCAACAGAUUCCCGUCCGUGGUGCAAUGGGACGUGACGGCAUUUGACAAGUUCUUCCGGGACCACCGCCGGCGUCAUCCUGGAAAGACACGGCAAGAAUGUGUGCUGGACUUGGUCGCCCAUGGCUUUACCGACUCGCCUGUUUCCUCGAGCGUUUUCCGCCGUUGUUUCAUGGUAGGCAGCGUUGAGUCGACCGAGGCAGCAGGAGUCCUGCAGCAGACUGGCCAACCGCUGCUGUCUUUGGCUGCAUGCCAGUUGGGCCUCCGGGUGGGGCGGUACGAAUUCUCCUCUCAGAGAGACCCGGAGACAGAGAGGUGGCAAGUGUUGGUAGAGGACAUGAUUCGAUGCAAGUCGGACCUUCACGCUUCCGAAUGGGUGGCUCUCAGAGCGCAGGGAAGCCCGCCGCUGGUGGCGGCACGGGGAAGAGUAUUAGGCGAGGCAGUUUUGACUCCAAUCCCCACCUACCAGCUCGAGAGCUAUUGA